CCGAAAAGUCAAUGUUACAUAUAUAGUAAACCAUGGAAACCAUAGUUUUCCUACAAGUAUGGUAAAUGGUUUUAAAAAAAAAUAAUUGAGUAUAUAAUAGAGAAGUAUUUUCUAUUCAUGCAAUAGCAAAUAAUUGAGUAUAUUAAAAACCUGUAAACCAGUUUGGUAGCAUCAUGGAAUUCUCUAACCAAUUCAAAGAAUCAUUUAAGCAUGGUCUUAUUGCUGGGUAUUGUUUUACUGCAACUUUUGUCAUAGUUUUUUAUAUGUUCUAUUGCCUACCCGCACAAGUUAUCAAGAAUAGAAAAAAUAAGAAAGUUGGACAUAUGAAAACAGAAGAGAAGCACAAAUUGCCUUGCCAGAAAUUUAAACAGCAAAAGAUCAACAAGAAACUAAAGAAAGUUAGACAAAAAGACAGAGUGUUUCCUAUGGAGUUGAUAGAGAAAAGCAUACAGAUCAGUAAAGUUGGACGAUUGACUUAUAGAAUGAACUUCACAAAACUUUGUCAUGCAACCAAAUAUUUUAGCUUGGACAAUGUCAUUGGUGUUGGAGUAAUCGGAAUAAUGUACAAGGCAGCUCUUCCGAACGGUCGUUUCUUGGCGGUUAAGAGACUAUAUGAUUCUCAAUCAAUUAUCAAAAGGUUUGAGUUAGAAAUAAUGAUUUUGGGACAAUACAGUCAUAGAAACAUAGUUUCAUUGAUUGGUUUUAGCAUAGAAGAAGGAAACAAUGAAAGAAUUUUGGUGUAUCAAUACAUGUCAAAUGGAAGGCUAUCUGAUAAGCUGAAAGAAACUAAAAAAUUAGAAUGGUCAAAGGUUAUUAAAAUUGCACUUGGUGUAGCAAGAGGCUUAUGUUGCCUCCAUCAUAGCUUGCAUAUGCUCCAUCUCAAUAUAAAUUCUGACUGUAUCUUGUUAGGGAAAAAUUUUGAGCCAAAGAUAUCCAAUUUCGGAGGGAUCAUGUUUAUGAAUAAUGAUCUGGAAAAAAACAUAGGACUUGAGAAGAAGGAUGUUUCUGACUUUGGUUGUUUGCUUUUUGAGCUGAUUAAUGGGAAUAAAUUUGGGGAAAUACAUGAAUCUUUUAACAAUGUUACAGUUCCUUUUGUGACUUAUCCGAAUCAUGUGAAUAUGUUGGGAGAAGACCCUUCUGGAUUCUGUGAUGCAGUGGAUGAAUAUCUAAACAAGAUAGAAUUUAAAGAUGAGGAGGUAUCUACUCUUCUUAGAGUUGCACGUGAAUGUGUUCAUCCUUUGUUUGAACAAAGGCCUACUAUGCUUGAGGUGUAUAACAAGAUAUGCAACAUAGGGGAAAGAGAUAGAAUUUGUGAAGAUGCUAACCUCUUGUCUAUGGAUUUUGUUACUCCUAUUGAAGUAGACACCAAUAUGCCUAGCUAAUAUGAAACAAUAAGGAACUUUGUCAUUGGCAUGUAACUCAGUCGAAGACAGUGGCGGAUUUUGAGAUAUUUUCCUGGAGAUGCCAAAAGUUCAUGGAAUAGUUAUUAAGCAGUUUCAAAAAAUUGUUAAAAUUAUUAACUGUUCUAGUGGUUCCAAAAGUUCAUGGAAUAGAUAUUAAGCUGUUUCAAAAAAUUGUUAAAAUUAUUAAGUGUUCUGGCGGUUUAUUUUG